GUUUUCCGUUUUAAUAUCUUUCUGCGUCGUAUGCUUCUUGGCAGUGCGGGAAACUCUGUGCUGGUGUUUUUAAUAACAUAAUAUACAUAUUAUCAUGGAUCAUCUAAACGUUGAUAGGACGACAGCCUCCGCUGGAGAACAGCGCGAAGACUACGAUGAGGUCAGCAUUCAGUUUGUUUCCAGUAGGGCGUGUUCGAGCGUGUCCAUGUACGGUAAUUCGCUGUUGUCAAGUGUAACCAGGAUGGACGGUCAAGUUACCACAUCUUAUCAGUAUCUCAGAGAGGAUGGGAGGUACCUUCAUGCUGCUCCCGAGGACCUUUCUAAGGUCCUUUCAGCUGACGGCCUCACCGUUCAGUUUGAAGAGGAUGUCUACGAGCUGCUCCUAGACUGGGUCUACUACGACUUCGAGCGGAGAAAACAAUACUUCGGACUACUAUUCGAGGCUCUCAGACUUCCUUACAUCCCCUUUACAUACGUUCAGAAGAUUAUCAAAAAGGAGGAACUAGUGCAAAACAACCCGGUCAGUUACGGAGCUGUAGUUCAGUACGAGAGGCUAGCCUCCAAACUUGCCAAAGGAGUCAGCAUCAGAAGCAGGGCGAGUAUAGAGAAACUGGUGGGAGGACCCCGUGCUAACUACAAGGACAUGUGUAUAUUCGUUUGUGGGGGUAAGGGAACUGAACAACUCUGUGAGGUGUAUAACCCGGCUACAAACUCGUGGAGGAGUGUGGAUGACAUGCCAGUGGGACGGAGUAACGCGGCUGUUUUCAAUGUUUCGGAGGAUGAUAUUUGUUUUGUUGGAGGAGAGGACAAGUUGAAGGAGGUUGUUAACACGACUGGUUGUUACAAGUGUUCAAAGGAUGGGUGGGUUGAAGGGAUACCGAUACCAGGCCAGAUUAGGAGUGGUGCUAGGUCUGCUACUCUCGCUGGUAAAACUUAUCUUAUCGGAGGUAUUGCCUCGGACGAGGGCUACACUCAAUCAGUUGAACGGUUCAACCCAGAUGGCCACAGAUGGGUGCCAGUCAAAUCUAUGGACUACAAACGGUUUUCAUUUGGUUGUGCAACUCUUGAUGGUUUUGUCUAUGCUUGUGGUGGUUUUGACGGAGACCAAGAUUUGAAGGAGUGUGAAUUCUUCAUGCCAGACUGCAACGAAUGGACAGGAUUAGCUUCCAUGAAUAUUCGCAGAUCCGGCUGCAAAACUGUGGCAGCAGAGGGAAAACUGUACACUCUGGGAGGAUGGAACGGUUCAGAAAUUCUCGAUAGUUGUGAGGUUUAUGAUCCGAGAAGUAACAGAUGGACUAUGAUCGAGCCUAUGAACCGAGCUAGACACGGGCUGGAUGUGGUUGUUAUUGGGAACGUUAUCUACGCCAUCGGGGGCUGGAACGGCUCAAAGCAGCUGUCCUCGAUUGAGCGAUAUCACACCAGAUCGAACUCGUGGGAAUUUGUCAAGCCCAUGUCAAUGGGACGAUGGUUAACGACUGCUAUACCCAUCCCAACCCAACAAGUGAAACCAAUCAUAAAUGAACCUCCAGUAAAUGAGGCUUGAGGUGUUUUGUGCGUAUCCUUUAAACAUGGAAUAUUCCAGAUCAGAUAUCAGACGUGUAAUCCAGUGAAUAGUAAAGAAGAAAUCUAUAAUUUAGCUGAGAUAAAGCUGAAAUGUGCUGAUAUUAAAAUGAAAUGUAGCUGAAAUUUGCUGUGAUUUUACUGAAAUUUUGCUGAGAUUUUGCUGUAAUGCUUUAAAGCUCACCUGUAAGCAUCUCUGAUGGGCUUGUUGGCGAUACCAAAGAUGAGUGGGUUAGCUGAGCUUCUACCCACAUUAACCCAGUGAGCAGCCACUAUGUACCUGACGUCAUGACGUUAACAGAUAUAACCAAAACAUUGCUUUAUCUUACGUGGAUCUUUAUGAUAUUAUCUUGAACUUAAGUCUCAUCCGAGGUAUUUAAAUGUAGCCUGUCAUGUUAGAAAUCUGAAAUAGGACUGAUGAUAUAAAACGCUACUACUGGUCUAAUGUGAACUGUCAACUGUGUGGUGGAUCCUCUUAAAGUCUUAAUAAGGAUUCAAGUCAAUCAGUUUCCGACAUUUGUGCUGCCAUUUUAAGGCUGCUGUAGUGCUCUCUUAAUUGUUGUAAAUCAUUAAAGCAGCACAAUGAGAGCUCAUCUCCAGACACUGUCAGAUUGACGGCACAAUUUGAUUAAUAAUAGCAGAGGGAGAGAGAUAGAGAGAGAGGUUAUAUUUUGUGUAAUUAUUAAAGAAGUGAACCAUGUGAGGUUAUACGGUUUAAAUUUAUAAGUAAAACUUAUAUUACGUUUUGGAAAGAUUUGGUGGGCAGCCAAAUACUCUUAUACUAAUGAAAUUAAAAUCAUAUGAUUACGAUAUUGGAGAGACCAUUUGCUUUGUAAUUCUAAUUUCUGCAGAGAGCCUCAGCAGCGGCCCGCCGUUUG